AUGUCUCGAUCUGGCACCACUCUAUACGUGACUGGCUUCGGUCAUGGCACACGUGCUCGAGAUUUGGCAUAUGAGUUUGAGCGGUACGGACGCCUGGUGCGAUGUGACAUCCCGGCUCCUCGUACAGCUUCCAGUCGGCUCUUCGCAUUCGUCGAGUAUGAGAGUCGCCGUGACGCCGAUGAUGCCUACCACGAGAUGCACAACAAGCGAAUUGGUCGGGACGACCUUUUGAAGAUCGAGUGGGCUCGAACACCCCCAUCUGCUUCAUGGCGUUUCGACUCUGGCCGCGACCGCCCUCGUGACCCUCGAGACAGUCGCGACAGCCGCCGCGACCGCUCUCCCCCCAGACGAAGUGCACGCUCCCCAUCUCCUCGCCGCCGUGACUACUCUCCUCGCAAAGAUGACCGCCGUGAUCGCUAUGACGAUCGUCGAGACAGAUCACGGAGCCCUGACGACCGCGACCGGGAAAUGAAAGACGAUCGUGAUCGACGAGACGAUGAUCGCGAGAACGGUACCAACGGCGAUGAUCGUAAAGUUUCCAUGGAUUCCCCUCCACCAGCUCACGACGAGCUUGACACCGCUGAAUAG